AUGCUGAUGCCGGCGACGGGGUUUGCUUCGUCGUCGAACUGCUGGCGGUUCUUGGAACGUGUUUUUCACUUCGCAUGGCUACCAUCCUUGGCGACUGGCAUGAUCACCCAGGCGAAGCAAACAGUCGUCGUCCAUGAUUCCGGCGUGCUGGAAUCGCAGCUGCAUCGCUGCGCCAAGUUCCCGCCGAGAAUGAUGGUGCACACGUCCCAUGCGUUGUUGGCAUUGGUUGAUGAUGGUUUCGUGCGCUUUGCUGUUACAAAGACGCGCAACGAUGGCGGGAAAGUGGAAUUUGCAGAUUUGGUGUUGGAAGAUGCAGCCGGACGGCCAAUUGAUCUCCUCACGACAGAGAAUGUGCUUCAGGCACGUUUGGAUGGACCCAAUGUGUUGGAGACGCAGGGAAGCGUGGACUUUUGCAUUGAUGGCAAGACCGAAACCAGUUGCCGCUUGGAAAUCGGCCAAAGCAUUAUUCUGCAGCUUCGGCCAGGCCACCAGGUGGCAAGCUACGGUUUCAAGACGGCGUUGGAGAACAGCACGAAGGUUCGGUCCUGUGAUCCGAUUGCCUUCAAAAUGGAGACGUCUGACGAUGGCUCUUUUUGGCGCGAGGUCAGUGUGAAGGCGGCGGUGAAUACGCCCAGCGCGGGCGGAUUGAUGGUGGGGCCCUUUCUUCUCUCCGGCUCUGGCUCUGGUGGGCCGGCCCACAGCGAACCGCCGAUGAUGGCGAAUGAGGCGAAGGUUCGGACUACUACAGCUCGACUGGUUCCGGCAGACGCGGGCUUGGUACCGGUGAUGACCACCGUGCCUCCACCUGCGGCAGCUCCUCCACCUGCGGCAGCUCCAAUUGCCUUGACGCCCUCGCCCCCAGCAGUGAUGCCGCUGCCCGUGGAGCCUAUCUUGACUACUACAAGCACCCCGAGAGUUCCCAUACCGGAUGUUCCGGCCGAUGCGCCUAGCCGUGUUGCCUCAGCAGUGAUCGAUGCAGCAGAGCAGUCUGGCAUGCCGUUGCCCCAGCGCAUGGCCGCGGCCACUGCAGCAGCAGCGGCGGCCAAAAGCAUCGUGAAGCCGGCGAGCAAGGAGGCCAUUGCCGAAGCGGCCGCUGCUGCUGGCCUGGACCCCAGCCACCUACAGGCCGUCAGCGCCGCCUUGGAGAAGGCCUCGCCAGCCCGGCUGCCGGCUCUCCUGGCUGUAUGGCGUGCCGCCGCCGACGCUGCUCGCCACGCGGCGGAGCGCGGCCCGGAGAAGGUGUCGCACGUUGUCGAGGCUUCUGCUGCUGCGGGCCUGUCGAUCGAGCAGCAGGCCCAGGCAGCUGCUGCAGCUGCAGUGGCUGCUGUGGCUUCAAUGACGACACCAGGCCCAGAGGCCGUCAUUACAGCUGCUGUGAAGGCUGCCGAGGAGGCUGGCAUGGCGCUGGACAAACAAUCGCAGAUGGCGGCCGUGGUGCAAGUCCAGCCUCCACAGGAUCAGGAGGCACUAGUUCGAAUCCUCCACGCUGCAGAGAUCCUACCGAGAACAACGCCGCCGCCAGAGGAAGUUCCCGAGUUUGACGGAAGCAGUCCUGCUGCCAAAGUGGUGGCCGACGCCAUUACUCAGGUGAUCCGAGACAUCCCGGUGAGCCCGCAGCAGAAGCUGCAGGUGGUGUCGGCGGCUGCUAGGGCUGCGCAGGUCGCCGCCGAGCACUCCUCCACCACGACCUCCUUCGAUGGCGUCCAGAUGGUCAUGGAGGCAGCCGAAGCGGCAGGCAUCAAGGACGUGGAGAAGCUGCAAAAAGUUCGAGAGAAGGCCGAAGAGCUGACGCCGGAGAAGCAGAAGGCUGUCUCGAAGUCCUUGGAGGCCGCGGUGGAUGAACCGAGCACGACACCGGUACAUGCGGCCGCAAAAGUUGCGGCGGUGGUCAAAGCAGCCGCAGACUCCGGCAUGACAGAAGAGCAACAGGCAGAAGUCGCCGCAGCUGCCGCGUCGGCCAUGGCAAAGGCUGCCGAGCCAGCGCCGAAGGAGCAGAUCUCCGAGUUGAUCAAGGCGGCGAAAUCACUAGGCCUCGGCGACAGCGAGCUCGAGGCGAUCCUGGCCUCAGCAUCUUCGUUGACGCCGGCGGAGCUCGAGUCUGUGAUCAAGUCCAUGCGCGCAGCGCAGGAUUCCUAG